AGUGAAUGAGCCAUCCAUCAUUCGGACUGUCCAGUGCAUGGUAUGGACCCACGUCUGUACCGUAAGCCGAAUACUUGCUCCUAGCUUGCCGCCGAAUGGGAGGGCGGACAGCGAGUGUUUCAGGAGGCCUUGGGAGACGUCAGGACGGCGCACAGAUCUGUGUGGGCCGCCUUAACGACUCGCAGGUCGUCAUGAAACAGUCUGUCAACACCCAGCCAAACGAACAACACCCCCUCCACUCCCUCUCCGUCCCCAUCCAUCAAAUCACGCCACUCAAGUCACAGUCGUCUCCUGCGAUGUCGCCCGGCUGCGAUCGAUGCUGUGUACUCGUCUGCAUAUAGUCAUCCAAAAGCCACUCGCUCCCGCAUAUGUAUGUGCACAUCCACACACCCCCUCCGUCCCUCCCUCCCUCGCCCCAUGCGCCCAUCCGUGUAUCCACACAUCCAUAUUUUGUGAGACAGACAGACACGCGUCAAAAGCCACUCAGUAUACUAACUCCACACACCGACCGCACCACUAAACUUACUUCACUCGCAUCCAUCCAUCAAGUCGCAUCUAUACAUUCGCCCACACGUACGCACGCAAUCACACGAUGGCCCUCACGCACGCAGGAGGCAGGCAGGCAGGCAGGCAUGGUUGCCCUCAUGCUGCUGCAAGGUAAGCUGUGUGUGUUAUCUGCGUGUAUAUAGAUAGAUAUCUUCACUGGCUGGCGGAUGAAUGAAAAGACUCACAUACACACACCCAGACACUCUCUCUCACUGACCACGUCGCGCAUUGAAAAUCGUAGGGGGGAGGGAGGGAGCGGGGGAGUGGUAGAAGAGAGUAGAGAGUGUCUGUCGCACGUGUCAUGUCUGUCUGGACAUCUAGCUAUGCCUAUUCGGCAUCUUCUGCACACCCAAGCCGAGCCGAGCCAGAUAUCGACACAUCCACACACCCACACACCCAUUUAUCCACAUACACAGAUGUACAGAUAUACAGAUGGACAGACACACAGACACAGACAGACAGACAGACAGACACACAGACAGACAGACGCGUGUGUCUUCAACGCGCACAGACCGACAAGAAGGCCUGUCUAGGCAUGAGUGGCAUGCGUGGGUUCACCCGCGGAGGCACACACGGACACAGACACAGACACACCUGUCUGUCUGUCUGUCUGUAGACGUGUUGAGCACGGAGCCUAGACAGAGGGACUAUACAGACAGACAGAAGCAGACGGAUUGACGUGUGUACACCUGUGCAGACAUACACACAUGGGUAUGCGUGUGUUCAACACGGAAGUGACCAGAGAGGCGGAUGGCUAUACAGGCGGGGAGGCACAAAAAGGCGUCAGUGAAUGGGCAAGCAGAGCAGAUGAGUGAGUGGAGUGAGUGAGUGAUCAGGGUAAUGAACCCUCGCAAUCAAUCGCAGGGAAAGAAAAACGACCACACAGACAGAGAGACAGAGAGGCAGACACACACAUCGAUGGACCGAUCACAGACCGUGACGCCCUCGCUAUACACUUCCCCCCCCCACCCCUCCCUCCCUCCCGCCCCCAAGACGACGGACAGACAGCUAAUUCGAUUCGCACGCCCCUUACACACACCACGCACAGCCAUACACGGAUCCGCCCCUACACACACGCGCACGGCUGCCUAAUGGCACGACGCAGUGCGUGGUAACUGCAGAGGCAGACCGACGGGCAGACAGACAGACAGACGGGCAGACAGACCGGCAACCGAUGAACUAUUCUGUAUACGUCGCUAGCUCCAAUGGUACACAUCCAUCCAUUUAUCCAUACGCACACAAAUGUAAUCAUUCACAAACUCACUGGUGGUGUGGGUGGGUGCGUCAUGCUGCUCUCUGCCCUGCCGAGGCGGCUACUCCUCCCCAAAGCCCUCAUCGGCGAAGUCGGCCCAGCUGAGGUCCACAUCCACGUCAGCCGCCAGACCUGCAGCACGCCACACCACACCACAUACACACACACACACACACAUACACACAUUGGAUUGUAUGCAGAGAGAGCUAUCGACGUACGUACCCGUGUUGUCAUCGUCUCCGCCACUCAUGGACAGCAGCAGGCGGCGAGAGCAGGCAUUGCAGCUGGCCGCACACACGUCCAUGAGGCGGGUGCAGGCAUGAACCUCCGCGGGCACUCCACGGCGGUAGGCCCUGGCGAGGUCGGUGAGCCUGACGGUGCACCCCAUGCCCUUCCUGUUGGCCGCCCAGGUCAGCAUCCUGCAGGUCUUCCCUUGCUGUCGGACCUGCACACACGCACCACACGCCACACACACGGUAUGCGUGUCGCUCACCACACAAGCUUUGUGUGUGUGAGGGUGGGGUGGGGUGAGCGUGCCUUCGGGGAGUCCCUGCACUGAAAAAGCUGGGGGUUGAAAAAGGAGCCAUCGGGACAGUCACCACUCUCACCGUCCACGCCUACACCCACAUGCCCAGAUACACAGGUAGACAGACAGACGUGUGCACGUCACGUGUGCAGGGCAGUCGACCUCUUUGAGCGUUGUUCUAUAUCAGCUGCUUACCGCAGUCAGCAGUGUCCUCCGCACAACCAUUGACGGCACACUGACACACACACACACACACACGGAGCGAGAGUGCACGACGGGCCCGUCCCCCCGCGACACCGUACCUGUCGGUCGCAGACGUUGUCAUUCAUGUAGAACGAUGGACAGGCCAUGGUGCAGGAAGUGCCUCUCUGAACACACACACACACACACACACGCCCACACACACGCGGAGAGAGAGAGAGAGAUGCAGCGAGGAUACAGAUCCACCAAGGAUGGGUGUGUCGGUGCGUGAGGGACUGGCGUACCUGGAGUUGUCUAUCAGCAGCAGCUUUGGCCUCACACAGCGCCGCCAACGAGGUCAACACGCACACGGCACCCAGCAGCAUCACUCUCAUGCUCUUGGCACACACACAACACUCACUCACUUACUCAAUCAGGCGCAGCACAGCACUCAAUCUACACGGAGAUGCGAUAUAUAGGCAGCGAUGAGCGCAAUGCGAUAAACGUGCACACCAACAGACAGGCGGAGUGUGAAAGAGAGAGGGGGGGCCGCCCACGGGCUGCCACUCGGCUAUUCUCCCUAGCUGCAGGAGGGCAGCAGACAAUCAAAACCUCCUUCCUGCCUGGCCUUCCUCUCUCACUCAGGCAGUCACCGCCGGCUGGCUAUCGGGACGUUACAGUAGAGAGAGCGGGGCGUUUCAACGAAAAAAGCCUUGCGAUAGGUGUGCACAGAUACACGCGCACACGUGGGUGGAUACGCCGCGCCGCUAUCUGCCCUGACCGAGAGAUC